AGUAAGAACCUUCAUUCAAACAAAGACUCAAAAAUUAUCUGUAAUAAUAAAGUAUUAUCAUGGCUCGGUCUCUAGAACCCCUGGUGGUCGGAAAAGUGAUCGGAGAUGUGGUCGACAUGUUUAGCCCAGCUGUUGAGCUCACCGUCCGAUAUGGGUCUAAACAGGUCGGUAAUGGUUGUGAGAUCAAGCCCUCCGCUGCCGCCGAUAGGCCCAAGGCCCAAAUUCUUGGCCCCCCUAACCACGCCAAUCUCUACACUCUAGUGAUGGUUGAUCCCGAUGCUCCGAGUCCUAGUGAGCCAACACUAAGAGAGUGGCUUCAUUGGAUAGUUGUUGAUAUUCCAGAAGGAUUAGACGCCACCAAAGGAAAAGAAGUGGUGCCAUACAUGGGACCCAAACCACCAACUGGUAUCCACCGAUACAUGUUUGCUUUGUUUAGGCAGAGAAGUGGAACAAUAUUGGCGGGAAAUGUCCCAUCACCGGAGGCUCGUGGCAACUUUAGAACUCGCCAAUUUGCUGCCCAAUACGGCCUUGGCCUUCCUGUUGCGGCUGUAUAUUUUAAUUCACAGAAGGAACCUGGAACUAGAAAGCGUUGAAUAUUAAUUGAUCAUGUACUAGCCAGUCUAUUACCAAAAUAGGAAAAGUACUAGGUUCUUCUGUUGUUGUUUUUUUCCCUAUAGACAGACAGUGCGAAGAGAUAGUGGAACUUAUAAUUAUGGGGUUGAUCACAUUUGUUUGUUGUUAAUUAGUGAUAAUAUUGGUGUUGGUAGUAUAUUUUGAGUUUGUUAAUAUUAAGGUGGUGUUUGGUAUGCGGUAAUGGACAGGAAUCAUAUUACUGGAAAAGUGAUAGAAGGAAAUAUGAUUCUAAGAAAUGUGUAUUACCACGUUUGGUUAUGC